CACAACAUCCGGUUGUGAAGCCGCGUAAGAUGGUAGUCUCAAGGUUGCCGUCUGCAGCGCUUUCUCUAAAACAGUUUUUACAGAGACAACGGGUUUUGGGAAUUUACAGAAAUAUGAUGAGGACCAUACGGAAGGUACCAGACGAGGCAGACAGGAAGUACCUCAGUGACUGGGCAAGAGACGAGUUCAAGAGGAAUAAGAAUGCCACAGACAAGGAUGCCAUCCGUAUGAUGAUCACACAAGCUAACAACCAUUUAGAGGAGCUGCAGACGUCUAUGGCUUUGGCCGGCAGUUAAAUACCGGGACCUGCUGUGGACGGUGGACUGAUCUGGAUCCGUACUCUGGAGACUCUAAGCGUGGACAGGGACACCUCUGAUCAGAGUAGUCAUUGUAAGGGACCGAUGCGGAACGUAUGGACACUCUGCUUUAGCUGGACGUCUUUUUAAUGGAUGGAUUGAUGGAACUCGCCCAAAGGCAUCAUCCUCUCCUUUCCUGUGCUGCUGUUCAGCAUACAGUGGUGAGGAUCAUGAUAAUGGCAGCUCAUUAAUCUAUUUUUGUGCUGUAUAUUAUAUAUAUUGUAAGUAUUAAAGAGGAACUAAUUAACAUGAACUCAGAAUUAUCUCUUUUUUUAAAUACAAACUGUUUUCUGGCAUCAUCAUACAAGGUGCAUUAUUCAUAUCCACAGAGUUAUCACCAUGUAUGAGCUUCACUACAUCAAACGUACAGCAACACAACUCUGAAAUUUCUU